AUGGUCGCCCCUAGCAACGCCCCGGAAGACGUCGCCCUCUUCUGCCGCCUCUUGAACCUGGAACCCGGGCGCCGCUUCGUCGUCCAGCCGGCCGAGGAAGGUGCGGGUUCAAGUUGGGGCGCCUGGCGCUACAAUUCCCACUGCCUGGUUCCCAGGAUCUGGUUCCCAGGGCCUAUUUUUGAGCGCUGCGGUUCUCAGGCGCCUGGUUCAGGCGGGUGGGGGAGCGGGUGCGAGUUGGGGUUCCCGCGCUACGGUUCCCGGCGCCUGGUUCCCAGUGCUAGAGUUCCCAGCGCCCGGUUCCCAGGGCCACAGUUCCCAGCGCCCGGUUCCCAGUGCUAGAGUUCCCAGCGCCGGGUUCCCAGUGCCACAGUUCCCAGCGCCCGGUUCCCAGUGCUAGAGUUCCCAGCACCUGAUUUCGAGCGCUACGGUUCCCAGCGCCGGGUUCCCAGUCCCCCAGUUCCCAGUCCUGGGUUUCCAGUAUCUGGUUCCCAGCACCUGGUUUCGAGCGCUACAGUUCCCAGCGCCGGGUUCCCAGUGCAAUGGUUUCCAGUAUCUGGUUCCCAGCACCUGGUUUCGAGCGCUACAGUUCCCAGCGCCGGGUUCCCAGUGCAAUGGUUUCCAGUAUCUGGUUCCCAGCGCCUGGUUUCGAGCGCCACAGUUCCCAGCGCCUGGUUCCCAGUGCUAGAGUUCCCAGCGCCUGGUUCCCAGUGCCACAGUUCCCAGCGCCGGGUUCCCAGUGCCACAGUUCCCAGCGCCCGGUUCCCAGUGCUAGAGUUCCCAGCACCUGGUUUCGAGCGCUACGGUUCCCAGCGCCUGGUUUCAAGUGCCAGGGUUCCGAGUGCCACGGUUCCCAGCGCCUGGUUUUGAGCGCUACAGUUCCCAGUGCAAUGGUUCCCCGCGCCUGGUUUCGAGCGCCACAGUUCCCAGCGCCUGGUUCCCAGUGCUAGAGUUCCCAGCGCCGGGUUCCCAGUGCCACAGUUCCCAGCGCCCAGUUCCGAGUGCUAGAGUUCCCAGCACCUGGUUUCGAGCGCUACGGUUCCCAGCGCCUGGUUUCAAGUGCCAGGGUUCCGAGUGCCACGGUUCCCAGCGCCUGGUUUUGAGCGCUACAGUUCCCAGUGCAAUGGUUCCCCGCGCCUGGUUUUGAGCGCCACAGUUCCCAGCGCCUGGUUCCCAGUGCUAGAGUUCCCAGCGCCGGGUUCCCAGUGCCACAGUUCCCAGCGCCCAGUUCCGAGUGCUAGAGUUCCCAGCACCUGUUUUCGAGCGCUACAGUUCCCAGCGCCUGGUUCCCAGUGCCACAGUUCCCAGCGCCUGGUUCCCGGUGCAAUGGUUCCCAGCGCUGGGUUUCCAGUAUCUGGUUCCCAGCGCCUGGUUUCAAGCGCCACAGUUCCCAGCGCCUGGUUUCCAGUGCUAGAGUUCCCAGCGCCGGGUUCCCAGUGCUAGAGUUCCCAGCGCCGGGUUCCCAGUGCCACAGUUCCCAGCGCCUGGUUUCCAGCACCUGGUUUGGAGCGAUACAUUUCCCAGUAUCUGAUUCCCAGCGCCUGGUUCCCAGCACCUGGUUUCGAGCGCUACAUUUCCCAGUGCUAUGGUUCCCAGCGCCUAGUUCCCAGUAUCUGGUUUUGAGCGCUACAUUCCCCAGUGCUAUGGUUCCCAGCGCCUGGUUCCCAGUAUAUGGUUUUGAGCGCUACAUUUCCCAGUGCUAUGGUUCCCAGCGCCUAGUUCCCAGUGCCUGGUUCCCAGUAUCUGAUUCCCAGUAUCUGGUUUUGAGCGCUACAUUUCCCAGUGCUAUGGUUCCCAGCGCCUAGUUCCCAGUGCCUGGUUCCUAGUAUCUGAUUCCCAGCGCCUGGUUCCCAGCACCUGGUUUCGAGCGCUACAUUUCCCAGUGCUAUGGUUCCCAGCGCCUAGUUCCCAGUAUCUGGUUUUGAGCGCUACAUUCCCCAGUGCUAUGGUUCCCAGCGCCUGGUUCCCAGUAUCUGGUUUUGAGCGCUACAUUUCCCAGUGCUAUGGUUCCCAGCGCCUAGUUCCCAGUGCCUGGUUCCUAGUAUCUGAUUCCCAGCGCCUGGUUCCCAGUAUCUGGUUUUGAGUGCUACAUUUCCCAGUGCUAUGGUUCCCAGCGCCUAGUUCCCAGUGCCUGGUUCCCAGUAUCUGAUUCCCAGCACCUGGUUUUGAGCGCUACAUUUCCCAGUGCUAUGGUUCCCAGCGCCUAGUUCCCAGUGCCUGGUUCCCAGUAUCUGAUUCCCAGCGCCUGGUUCCCAGCACCUGGUUUCGAGCGCUACAUUUCCCAGUGCUAUGGUUCCCAGCGCCUAGUUCCCAGUAUCUGGUUUUGAGCGCUACAUUCCCCAGUGCUAUGGUUCCCAGCGCCUGGUUCCCAGUAUAUUGCUUUGAGCGCUACAUUUCCCAGUGCUAUGGUUCCCAGCGCCUAGUUCCCAGUGCCUGGUUCCCAGUAUCUGAUUCCCAGCGCCUGGUUCCCAGUAUAUGGUUUUGAGCGCUACAUUUCCCAGUGCUAUGGUUCCCAGCGCCUAGUUCCCAGUGCCUGGUUCCCAGUAUCUGAUUCCCAGUAUCUGGUUUUGAGCGCUACAUUCCCCAGUGCUAUGGUUCCCAGCGCCUGGUUCCCAGUAUAUGGUUUUGAGCGCUACAUUCCCCAGUGCUAUGGUUCCCAGCGCCUAGUUCCCAGUGCCUGGUUCCUAGUAUCUGAUUCCCAGCGCCUGGUUCCCAGUAUCUGGUUUUGAGCGCUACAUUUCCCAGUGCUAUGGUUCCCAGCGCCUUGUUCCCAGUGCCUGGUUCCUAGUAUCUGAUUCCCAGCGCCUGGUUCCCAGUAUAUGGUUUUGAGCGCUACAUUUCCCAGUGCUAUGGUUCCCAGCGCCUAGUUCCCAGUGCCUGGUUCCCAGUAUCUGAUUCCCAGCGCCUGGUUCCCAGCACCUGGUUUCGAGCGCUACAUUUCCCAGUGCUAUGGUUCCCAGCGCCUGGGUCCUGGUGCCACGGUUCCCAGCGCCCGGUUUCGAGCGCUACGUUUCCCAGCGCUGCGGUUCCCAGCGCCUGCUUUCCAACCCCUGCUUCCCUGCGCUACAGUUCCCGGCGCCGGGUUCCCCGCGCUACAACUCCCAGCGCCUUCGCAAAAACUUCACAAAUCCCUCGAACCCGAUCAAAACCUCUCAAUCUCUCCCCCCACCAGGCGCCGCGCUACAAUUCCCGCUCCCCCAGCCCUGCACCGUCGGGCGCCUGGUGGAAAAGCACCUGGACAUCACUAGAACUCCCAGGCGCUCCUUCUUCGAACUCGCCGCCCUGCUCUCGCCCGACCAGCGCGAACGGGAGAAGCUGGCUGAGUUCGCCUCGGCGCCCGGUCAGGAGGAACUCUACGCCUACUGCCAUCGGCCGCGCCGCACGACGCUGGAGGUGGGUCCGAUCUGGGAGUUGUAGCGCGCGGGGUGCCGGGCGCUACGGUUCCCGGUGCGCCGGACGAUGCUUGAGGUGGGUCAGAUCCGGGAGUUGUAGCACGCGGGGUGCCGGGCGCUACAGUUCCCGGUGCUACGGUUCCCGGUGCGCCGGACGACGCUGGAGGUGGGUGAGAUCCGGGAGUUGUAGCGCGCAGGGUGCGGGUGGCCAUGUUCCCAGGGCCUGGUUUUCAGGGUGGGUUUCGGGCGCUAUGGUUCCCGGAGCUACGGUUCCCGGUGCGCCGGACGACGCUGGAGGUGGGUGAGAUCCGGGAGUUGUAGCGCGCCGGGUGCCGGGCGCUACAGUUCCCGGUGCUACGGUUCCCGGUGCGCCGGACGACGCUGGAGGUGGGUCCGAUCUGGGAGUUGUAGCGCGCGGGGUGCCGGGCGCUACGGUUCCCGGUGCGCUUUACGACUGGAGGUGGGUGAGAUCCGGGAGUUGUAGCGCGCCGGGUGCCGGGCGCUACAGUUCCCGGUGCUACGGUUCCCAGUGCGCUGGAGGUGGGUCAGAUCCGGGAGUUGUAGCGCGCAGGGUGCGGGGGGCCGGGUUCCCAGGGCAUGGUUUUCAGGGUGGGUUUCGGGCGCUAUGGUUCCCGGUGCUACGGUUCCCGGUGCGCCGGACGACGCUGAGGUGGGUCAGAUCCGGGAGUUGUAGCGCGCGGGGUGCUGGGCGCUACGGUUCCCGGUGCUACGGUUCCCGGUACGCUGGACGACGCUGAGGUGGGUCAGAUCUGGGAGUUGUAGCGCCCGGGGUGCCGGGCGCUACAGUUCCCGGUGCUACGGUUCCCGGUGCGCCGGACGACGCUGGAGGUGGGUCCGGUCCGGGAGUUGUAGCGCGCUGGGUGCCGGGCGCUACGGUUCCCGGUGCGCCGGGCGACGCUGAGGUGGGUCAGAUCCGGGAGUUGUAGCGCGCUGGGUGCCGGGCGCUACAGUUCCCGGUGCUACGGUUCCCAGUGCGCUGUACGACUGGAGGUGGGUGGGAUUGUGGGAAUUGUAGCGCGCAGGGUGCGGGGUGCCAGGUUUUCAGGGUGGGUUUUGGGCGCUACGGUUCCCGGUGCUACGGUUCCCAGUGCGCUGUACGACUGGAGGUGGGUGGGAUUGUGGGAAUUGUAGCGCGCCGGGUGCAGGGGGCCGGGUUCCCAGGGUGGGUUUGGGCGCUACGGUUCCCGGCGCUACGGUUCCCGGUGCGCCGGACGACGCUGGAGGUGGGUCAGAUCCGGGAGUUGUAGCGUGCAGGGUGCGGGGUGCCUGGUUUUCAGGGUUGGUUUGGGCGCUACGGUUCCCGGUGCUACGGUUCCCAGUGCGCUGUACGACUGGAGGUGGGUGGUAUUGUGGGAGUUGUAGCGCGCCGGGUGCGGGGGGCCGGGUUCCCAGGGCAUGGUUUUCAGGGUGGGUUUGGGGCGCUACGGUUCCCGGUGCUACGGUUCCCAGUGCCAGCAGACAAAGGUGGAGGUGGGUGGGAUUGCGGGAAUUGUAGCGCGCAGGGUGCGGGGGGGCCAGGGCCACAGUUUCCAGGGCCUGGUUUCGAGCGCCACGCUUCCCCGCGCUACGGUUCCCAGUGCCUUGUUUUGGGUGCCACGGUUCCCAGCGCCUGGUUUGCGUCGCCACGCUUCCCAGCGCCUGGUUUCGAGUGCUGUGGUUCCCAGCGCCUGGUUUUGAGUGCCACGCUUCCCAGCGCCUGGUUUUGAGUGCCACGCUUCCCAGCGCCUGGUUUCGAGUGCUGUGGUUCCCAGCGCCUGGUUUUGGGCGCCACGUUUCCCAGUGCCACAGUUCCCAGAACCACAGUUCCCAGCGCCAUAGUUCCCAGCGCCUGGUUUUGAGCGCCACAGUUCCCAGCGCCUGGUUUUGGGUGCUACACUUACCAGUGCCACGGUUCCCAGCGCCUGGUCUUGGGUACUACACUCCCCAGUGCCACGGUUCCCAGCGCCUGGUCUUGGGUACUACACUCCCCAGUGCCACGGUUCCCAGCGCCUGGUUCCCAGCUCUACAGUUCCCAGCGCCUGGUUCUCAGCGCCACGUUUCCCAGCGCCUAGUUCCCAGCACCAGCUUCCCAGCGCUACAGUUCCCAGCACCAGCUUCCCAGCGCUACAAUUCCCAGCACCUAGUUCCCAGCACCAGCUUCCCAGCGCUACAGUUCCCAGCACCUAGUUCCCAGCACCAGCUUCCCAGCGCUACAGUUCCCAGCACCUAGUUCCCAGCACCUAGUUCCCAGCGCUACAGUUCCCAGCACCUAGUUCCCAGCACCAGCUUCCCAGCGCUACGUUUCCCAGCGCCACCUUCCCGGCGCUACAGUUCCCAGCCCCUACUUCCCAGCGCCUGCUUCCUUCUGGUCUCCAACCCGGCGCCCGCCUGCGCUACAACUCCCUUUCCUCUCUCCCGGCGCCAGGUCCUGAGCGACUUCCCCCGGACGGCGCCUGGUUUUGGGUGCUACACUUCCCAGUGCCACGGUUCCCAGCGCCCGGUUCCCAGCGCCUAGUUCCCACCACCAGCCUCCCGGCGCUACAGUUCCCAGACCUACUUCCUUCCGGUCUCCAAACCGGCGCCCGCCUGCGCUACAACUCCCUUUCCUCUCUCCCGGCGCCAGGUCCUGAGCGACUUCCCCCGGACGGCGCCACGUUUCCCAGCGCCACGUUUCCCAGCGCUACAAUUCCCAGCCCCUACUUCCCAGCGCCUGCUUCCUUCUGGUCUCCAACCCGGCGCCCGCCUGCGCUACAACUCCCUUUUCUCUCCCGGCGCCAGGUCCUGAGCGACUUCCCCCGGACGGCGUCGGCCAUCCCCUGCCGCCUCCUCCUGGACCUGCUCCCUCGCACCCGCGCCCGGGCCUUCUCCCUGGCCUCCUCCCCGCUGGUGAGUUCUAGCGCGGGAGUUCUAGUUUCCCCGUACUACAAUUCCCGUACUAUAACUCCCGCUUCUCCCGCCAGGCGCUGCCCGGCCGCAUCCAGAUCCUGGUGGCCGUCGUGCGCUACAAGACGCGCCUGGCGAAGGCCCGGACCGGGCUCUGCUCCAAUUGGCUGGCCUCCCUCGACCCGGCGCAGGGUGAGUUGUAGCGCGCGCUACGUUUCUCCUGGGCGCCCGCGCUACGUUACUCCUGGGCGCCCACGCUAUCUUUCUCCUGGGCGCCCACGCCAUGUUUCUCUUCGGUGCCCACGCUACGUUUCUCCUGGGCGCCCGCGCUAUGUUUCUCCUGUCAAUGGGCUGGGCGCCCGCGCUAUGUUUCUCCUGUCAAUGUGGUGGGCGCCUGCGCUACGUUUCUCCUGGGUGCCCGCACUACGUUUCUCUUGUCAACGUGACGGGCGCCCGUGCUACGUUUCUCCUGUCAAUGUGCUGGGCGCCCGUGCUACGUUUCUCCUGGGCGCCCAUGCUAUGUUUCUCCCGGGCGCCCACGCUAUGUUUCUCCUGGGCGCCCACGCUGUUUCCUGGGCGCCCACGCUACGUUUCUCCUGUCAAUGGACUGGGCGCCUGCGCUACGUUUCUCCUGUCAAUGUGCUGGGCGCCCGCGCUACGUUUCUCCUGGGCGCCCAUGCUAUGUUUCUCCUGGGCGCCCGCGCUAUGUUUCUCCCGGGCGCCCACGCUAUGUUUCUCCUGGGCGCCCAUGCUAUGUUUCUCCUGGGCGCCCACGCUGUUUCCUGGGCGCCCACGCUACGUUUCUCCUGUCAAUGGACUGGGCGCCUGCGCUACGUUUCUCCUGUCAAUGUGCUGCGCGCCCGCGCUACGUUUCUCCUGGGCGCCCGCGCUACGUUUCUCCUGGGCGCCCGCGCUAUGUUUCUCCUGUCAAUGUGAAGGAUGCCUGCACUACGUUUCUCCUGGGCGACCGCGCUACGUUUCUCCUGUCAAUGUGCUGGGCGCCCACGCUACGUUUCUCUUGUCAAUGGACUGGGCGCCUGCGCUACGUUUCUCCUGUCAAUGUGCUGGGCGCCCGCGCUACGUUUCUCCAUGGCGCCCACGCUACGUUUCUCCUGGGCGCCUGCGCUACGUUUCUCCAUGGCGCCCACGCUACGUUUCUCCUGGGCGCCUGCGCUACGUUUCUCCUGUCAAUGUGCUGGGCGCCCGCGCUACGUUUCUCCUGGGCGCCCGCGCUAUGUUUCUCCUGUCAAUGUGAAGGAUGCCUGCACUACGUUUCUCUUGUCAAUGUGCUGGGCGCCCGCACUAUGUUUCUCCUGGGCGCCCAUGCUACGUUUCUCCUGUCAAUGUGCUGGGCGCCUACGCUACGUUUCUCCAUGGCGCCCACGCUACGUUUCUCCUGGGCUCCUGCGCUACGUUUCUCCUGUCAAUGUGCUGGGUGCCCGUGCUGCGUUUCUCCUGUCAAUGUGCUGGGCGCCCACGCUAUGUUUCUCCUGGGCGCCCGCGCUAUGUUUCUCUUUUCAAUGUGCUGGGCACCUGCGCUACGUUUCUCUUGUCAACAUGCUGGGCGCCCGUGCUACGUUUCUCCUGUCAAUGUGCUGGGCGCCCGUGCUACGUUUCUCCUGUCAAUGUGCUGGGCGCCCGUGCUACGUUUCUCCUGUCAGUGUGUUCGGCGCCUGCGCUGUGUUUCUCCUGGGCGCCCACACUAUGUUUCUCCUAUCAACGUGGUGGGCGCCUGCGCUAUGUUUCUUUUUCUAGGGGCCCUCAAAGUGCCUAGUCUGACACCGUGCUACGUUUCUCCUGGGCGCCCGCGCUAUGUUUCUCCUGUCAAUGUGUUGGAUGCCCGCGCUACGUUUCUCCUGGGCGCCCGCGCUACGUUUCUCCUGUCAAUGUGCUGGGCGCCCACGCUACGUUUCUCUUGUCAAUGUGCUCGGCGCCCUCACUAUGUUUCUCAUGGGCGCCUGCGCUACGUUUCUCUUGUCAAUGUGCUGGGCGCCCGCGCUGCGUUUCUCCUGUCAAUGUGCUGGGCGCCCGCGCUAUGUUUCUCCUGUCACGUCUGGGCGCCCGCGCUACCUUUCUCCUGGGCGCCUGCGCUAUGUUUCUCCUGUCAAUGUGAUGGGCGCCUGUACUAUGUUUCUCCUGGGCGCCCGCGCUACGUUUUUCCUGUCAAUGGGCUGGGCGCCCGCGCUACGUUUCUCCGGGGCGCCCACGUUAUGUUUCCACUGUCAAUGUGCUGGACGCCCGCGCUAUGUUUCUCCUGUCAAUGUGCUGGGCGCCCACGCUACGUUUCUCUUGUCAAUGUGCUCGGCGCCCGCACUAUGUUUCUCCUGGGCGCCCGCGCUACGUUUCUCCUGUCAAUGUGCUGGGCGCCCACGCUACGUUUCUCUUGUCAAUGUGCUCGGCGCCCGCACUAUGUUUCUCCUGGACGCCCGCGCUACGUUUCUCUUAUCGACAUGCUGGGCGCCUGUGCUACGUUUCUCCUGUCAAUGUGCUGGGCGCCCGCGCUAUGUUUCUCCUGUCACUGCUGGGCGCCCGCGCUACCUUUCUCCUGGACGCCUGCGCUAUGUUUCUCCUGUCAAUGUGAUGGGCGCCUGUACUACGUUUCUCCUGGGUGACUGCGCUAUGUUUCUCACUAGGCGCCCGCGCUACGUUUCCCAUAGUAGCCAGCCAUCACUAGGCGCCCGCGCUACGUUUCCCAAACCUGACGCCCACGCUACGUUUCCCAUAGUACCUAGGUAGUGCCACAGUACCCACCCAUGGCCGGGCACCCGCGCUACGUUUCCCAAACCUGACGCCCGCGCUGCGUUUCCCAUAGUACCCAGCCAUCACCAGGCGCCCGCGCUACAUUUCCCAAACCUGACACCCAUCACUAGACGCCCGCCCUACAUUUCCCAUAGCAGCCAGCCAUUGACGGGCGCCCGCGCUACGUUUCUGGCGCCCAGACCUGACGCCCACGCUACGUUUCCCAUAGUACCCCCCCAUAACCGGGCGCCCGCGCUACGUUUACCAAACCUGACACCCACGCUAGGUUUCCCAUAGUAGCCAGCCAUCGCCGGGCGCCCGCGCUACGUUUCCCGCGCCCAGACCUGACUCCCACGCUACGUUUCCCAUAGUAGCCAGCCAUCACUAGACGGCCGUGCUGCAUUUCCCAAACCUGGCGCCCGCGCUACGUUUCCCAUAGUACCUACCCAUCAACAGGCGCCCGCGCUACGUUUCCCAUAGUACCCAGCCAUCACUAGGCGCCCGUGCUACGUUUCCCAUAGUACCCAGCCAGCACUAGACGGCCGUGCUACGUUUCCCAAACCUGACGCCGCGCUACGUUUCCCGAACCUGACGCCCGCGCUGCGUUUCCCAAACCUGACGCCCACGCUACGUUUCCCGAACCUGACGCCCGCGCUACGUUUCCCAAACCUGACGCCCGCGCUACGUUUCCCAAACCUGACGCCUGCGCUACGUUUCCCAUAGUACCUACCUAUCACUAGGCGCCCGCGCUACAUUUCCCAAACUUGACGCUGCGCUACGUUUCCCAUAGUACCUACCCAUCACUAGGCGCCCGUGCUACGUUUCCCAUAGUACCCACCCAUCACUAGGCGCCCGCGCUACAUUUCUCAAACCUGAUGCCGCGCUACGUUUCCCUUAGCACCUACCCAUCAACAGGCGCCCGCGCUACGUUUCCCAUAGUACCAAAGCACAUUCCCCAUAGUACCCAGGCAGCGCUAGACGCCCGCGCU